AUGUAUGUUGGUAAAAUACAGAUCGAGAAGCGAGCAGCUUUAGAUGCAGAGCAGUAUCGUCGGGCUUCAACAAGUUUGGUGUCGUACGCAGGUGUAAAAGUCACUCGGAAGGCAGGACUGAAACCGGAAUUCCAGGUUACCAGUGUUCAUGUGUUGAUGAUCCGCACACUUUCUGGCAAACACGAAGCUGUCAACACUAACAUUGGUAUUAUAACGGACUCAAGCAGGCCUCUGAGAAGGCAAGCGAACAUUACGAAACUUCGUCGUUUCUUCGGAAGUGAGCACGUGCCACCACGCUAUAUGUAA